UGCUCGGUCUCGGAGUGAAGCUGGUGCUGUUGUUGUUUGGGGAAGCGAAGCAGAAGAGAGGAGAUGGAGGGCAUGUGAAUAAGAGAGAGGGCGACAGGGUGGAAAGGAGGCAGGAGUCUGGAUGAAGGGUGAGGAGGGUGACGAGUGCGGAGUACAGGUGAAAGGGGAAGAGGGAGUAGAGAAAUAAUAGCGAGUGGGUUUGAGGAGAGUGAGGGAAAGAGGAAAGGACGGAGUGGGAGAGAGAAGGGACGGAGAGUGAGGUGAGAGUAAGGGUUGUGAACUGAGAGGGAAGUGAGAAAGCUGAGGGUGGUGGUGGAUUCGGGCUGAGGCAGCUGUGAUCAUCCACUCGGGACCGUCUCCGUCCCUCACCUUCUGUUGUGGCCAGUCUAUGAACAACCUUGUCAAGUGUGAAAGCAGAUGAUGGAGAACCCAGAGGUCCUGUCGCUCAGAUGGGUGAAAGGUUACACGUCAGAGUGCGUGCUGUUUGUCAACAACAACACAAUAUGCUACCCCUGUGGAAACUUCAUUAUUUUCAUAAACGUGGAAACAAAGGAGGAGACGGUGCUGAAGUGUGAGACUGGGAGCAUCGGGGCCUUCACUACCAACAGCAACAGUGAGAUCGUAGCCUUUGCAGAGCAGAAGUUAAAGCCAUCCAUCUACUUGUACAGCUUCCCCGAACUGAUCAAGACUGCUGUCCUCGCUGAUGGAGCAGAGCUUGAGUACACACUGCUGGAUUUCUGCUAUUCGGGUUCCUACUUUGCCAGUUUCUCCUCAAUCCCUGACUUCCUUUUAACCAUCUGGAACUGGAGAACCGGCAGUCGUCUCUGCAGUGAGUCGGUGAUGCGGAUGAAGGCUGAUAUCCUGUGCUUUAAUCCCAUGAACCAGCUGCAGCUGUGCCUGGCCAGCAGCAACUGCCUGCUGCUGUGGAACAUUGAACGAUGCAAUGACCUUCACAUCUUAAAACAAGUAAAUAUAAAGCUUCCUGCAGAAGAUGGAUCAACGACAUUUUCUGAAGACUUCAGCAUCAGUCCAGACUGCAGUGCCUUAACUUAUUAUGGUCCUAAAAUGUUAAUAUCAACAGAGGCUGGACUUGUGGGAGAGAUGGCCAAGACAUUUGUGCCACAAGAACUCCAGAUGGCAGUGGUCCAACCCGUAUCUAUUUGCUGGACUCCAACCUCCAAUUUAUAUGUCGGCUGUGAAAAGGGGCAUCUUUUACAGGUGGACCCCGAAACGCAUAAAGCUGUUUUACUGGGAACUCCAUCCUUUGAACAGUCGUCCGAUGAUAGGAUGGAAAAGUUGGUGUCGACAAUCAAGCUGACCACAUAUUCUAAGUUGCAACCACACUCUGUGAAUACCUUAGCACUUAACACUAGGGGAUUGUUUACAGCAGGAAAGGAUGGAAAACUCUACUGUAUCAAAGUCAAAUCCCAAACUCUGGAGGUUGAAGAAUGCUGGUCUACGAAUACACCAAUCAGAAAUAUCACCUUUUCAGCGGACUACAAAUCCCUGCUCAUUGCUACAGAGGAGGGUUCAGCAUACCUUUAUAGCCCAUCUGAACAAACUGAUGUGAGCACAGUCCUGAAUGUAUACAAUGGAGACUUUGUAUCAGCAGCAUUUCUGGGGAGCGGAAUGGAAUACUGUGUGUCAGCACGGAAGUUGGGCACCAUGCAGGUGUGGUCACUCGUGGAUGGAAAUAACAUCAGCACCCUUGUCCUUUCAGAAAUGAUCAGUGCCAUGGCAUGUUGCCCAUCCUCAAGUCAUGUUGCUCUGGGCACUGAAACUGGUCACAUCUAUUAUGCAAACUUGGUUACAGUGGAGAGGCCUCAUGUUGUCUACCAAGUCCAUCUCCAUAGGAAGCCAAUACAGGUUCUGCAAUAUGACCAGGAGGGACAGAUCCUUGUGGCUGGAUGCACUGAUGGAUUGAUAUUUGUCAUGAAUGCUAAACCCUCCAAAUCAUUUAAAAUAUUUGGAUACACAGAAAUAAGCGGUGAGAUUCUGGGACUGUCCCUUGCAUUCAACAAGCUGAUGAAGAGCAUGGAAUGUCUGACACUAUCGUGUAAGUCGGGAGAGGACAGAGUUCAUGGAGGGACGCAGCUCACUGAGUUCCAUCUGCUUGGAGAGGCUACUGCAGCUUCCCCUACAUCUAUCAACAACCAUGGAAUGAUGACUGAUGCUGCUAUUGGGAAAUGGUACAGUCAGACAGAGGUGCCGUUGACGUCUGUGGUACAUGACUCUGAGCAGUAUGUGUACGGAUACUCCAGUGUGACCCGGAGCAUUCACAAAUACAAGAUUGUUAAGGGUGAGAAUGAGGGAACCUUUAGCCUGAAUCUUCAGGUCAAAGUUCCGGGCCAUGAGCUGGGGCCAGGAUUCCUCUACCUCUCUCCAGAUCAGCAACAUUUGGCUUCCGUGGCCAGAGAUGGAUUCAUUCAAUUACGAUAUGCUAAAAACAUGGAGAUAUACUUCACAACACAGUGUCACUCCUACUAUUCAGAAGGACUGAAGUCGAUUAUGUUUUCAUUGGAUCGUCAGACAGUUCUAACCACUGGCAUCCAUGAUGGCACCCUGAUUUGCUUUACAGCAAGCUUUGACAUGACAAAUGCAGUGCAGAUCAAGGCAGCGAUGGAAUACAGUAACUCCACAAUUACGUUGCUGAACCAGACCUCCAAAGUAGAGAACAAAGUCCUAAACCUGAUGGAACAGAAGCAGCAUCUGGACAUCAAAGAAGAUCAUCCUCACCCCACGUCCAAAAGCCCAACACUGGAUACGUCCUCCAACAUCUCCCACAGCUUUGCUGACGAUGGUGAAACAUCAGAUAGAUUGAAAACAGAAACGUGGCUGGAAAUGAAAGCAGCUGAAGCAACCAAGAAAGACAACAUCAACAAUGCAGAGGUCAAAGCUCAUCUCAGAGAAGGAAUCCAAAAACUUCGUCAAACAAUCCACCUGAUGAUGAUUGAAAAUGAGAGAGUACCUGAGAACGAGCGCUUGGAUCAGCACGAGUUUAACCUCAAUCUGAAGGAACAACAGCGUCUGCAUGCCGAGGGAGAGGAAAAAGUGGCCAAGGUCCGUGAGUCCAUUGAGAUGAAGAACCUGGCAAACCGGUACCUGUGUGAGGUGAUUAAGGAAGAAUGCUGGGACAAGAUGGCUGUGAAGGGCCGGACGCUGGAGGCUUUUUAUUCGGGAUUAUCUGUGAGGAAUUAUCCAAUGAGAGAGCGCAGCAAGGAGGAGCUAGAGCUCCUCAGACAGAUUGAAUGGCAGAGGACAAUCGAACUGAUGGAUAUGAAGGCUCGAAAAGAUAUUGUAGAGACACAGCUGAAGAAGGAGGAGAAGGAAGAAGAGGAAACAGAGGAAGAAGACUCAAAGGAGGAGGAGAGCGUGGCGCUGAAAGGCAGUCUGACAUCCCAGUACGGAGUGGUGAACCCAUACCUAUACAAGCAGGUAGAUCUGCACACAAGGGAUGAGAAGAUUAAUCAGAUCAUCUUCUUGCAGGAUGUGAUUUACAACAUCAAGACUCAGUUCAACAAGGAGUUUGACGCAACCUACAAGCAAAAAGAGACCGAGAUCUCCCGAGUGAACGAUAGGAACAUCCGUAUCAGGGAGAUAAUGAUGCAGCUAGAUAUGAACGAGGCCAUCUGGGUGCCUGCAAUGAGCAAUGAUGAGAAGCCAGAGCGAGAUUUUGUGGUACAGGACUCAGAGAUCACCGCUGAAAGGUACCUCACAGCAGAACAGAAGCUGAAGCUUGAAGAGGAGAUCAGGGCAGAGCAGCUGGGAUUAAUGGCUGCAAAGGCUAGCGACUGGCGUGAGCGAGCUCUGAACGAUAUGAUGGGGGGAGUCCUUGAGGCAAAGAAAUCGGACAUUCUGAAACUGGAAAUUCCUCUCCCAUACUUCAUAAACUUGCCAGAAUAUGAAUGGAAUGAAGAACAAAUCAAGCAGGCCAAAGAAUACAACAUCAAGGAGCGGGCUCUGAGAGAGGAGAAAGACAAGUACAGGAAGACUCUGGAAUCUGAACUAAGGAAACUGCAGGCUUCCAUCACAGAAACAACAAAUGCCUUUGAUGACCUUAUUAAUAAACUGUUUGAAAAGAAAGUGAGAACAGAAAUGAUCAUCUACCAGGAGGAGCUGAAGAUCUGCAAUCUGGUCUUCUCGCUGCAAAUCGAGGAGGAGAUACAGAACCGCAAUGCUCAACUACAGUACCUGCUGGCGGAACAGAAGGACUCUAUGGGAGUGAAGUCAAGGCUUGUGCAGGAGACCAGGAUGAUGGUGGAGACAUUCCGAGAGGCCUAUGAUGAUCUGGUGGCUGAGGACAGGCUCCUGGAUCGUGGAUUCAGGAAGGAGUUUUUUGAUGUCAAUGCUACAAUGGUCGACCAGCUCUACAAACUGUACAAGCGCAGACCCAAGGUGCAGAUGAAGAGAACCCAGGUGGCGACAGCCAACCCUUUUGGUGACCAGUCUGAGUCUUCCAGUGAAGGGUAUGCCCAUCUACUGGCUGCCAUGGAUGAUUUGGAUUCAACUCGCUUCAAGCCUGAACACCUGGACCCGUUGGUAUGGAAGCGAUUCUGUGAUGUCAGACGGAUGAAGGUGGAGAGCGAACAGCAGGUGAAGCUGAAGGCAGUGACCCUGGCCGAGAUGCAGAGCUUCCUGCAGAGGAGGAUUGACGAUGAUGAGCACUGCAACCAGACGAUCGGCAGUUAUACACAAGACAUCAAGAAUCUGCGUCAGAUCAAGUCACAGUUCCAGCUGAAUCUGAUGAUACAACUGGUAUUGAAGCAAGGACAGGUGGAGGUGCUAGGUGAUGACUCCAUCUUGGACUACUCAAGCUCCCUCCUCCUGAACAAGAGCGUUGUGGAGGACCUGAACAACACUAUUCAGCUGCUAGGAGAAAAGAAAGUGGCGAUUAUGGUGGAAUGCAAGGACUUCAAGAAAGGAAUUGCCCAGCUGGAGUGGGAGUACAAGAAAAUGCUGAUGCAGGUGGAUGAUUUGCACAACAAGAUCCGCAACAUCCUCAAGUUCAGGAUCACCAAACAGGCACAAAUGUAUCUGAGAGAGGAUAAUUAUGAGACUCAAGUAAAUCAACACGUAAUGAUAAUGGAACGAUCAGCGGAAGGACAGGAGAAGUUUCAUGGCAAAGUUAUUCUCCAGAAAGACGAAGGCAUCAGAAAACUGAAGAAGCAAAUUUCACAGCUAAAGCAGGAUAUGAAGGUGAUGGAUCAGCUGUUGAAAGAACAGCAAAUUUCUGUCAGCGAGAGGCAACAUGUCCAGGAAAUGACCACUAUGGUCAAACCUGAAGAUGCCCUUGGUCAUUUCAAGAAACUGAUGCAGCACAGGAGGCUGAUAGAACUGACCAGGGCCCAAGCUGAAGACAUUACUGUCCUGAGGAACGAGCUAGAGAAACAACGCAUGAGAACCUUCCCAGUGCUGACAGAGAAACAAGAACAAAUCUACAAUUAA